AAAACAACCAUACGCAACUACUGCUAGCUCCAAAAUCCCGCCGUUACCAACAAAAUAUAUACAAAAAAAUAAACAAUUAAAAUUUAAUAAAUAAUAUUUAGGAAUUAAUUAAAUUAAAAAAAUUAUUAAAAAUUGAAAAAAAGAAGAAAGAAAUAAGUAAAAAAAAAAUAAAUAAAAAAAAAUGUCACAUCACAGUGAUGAUCAACUUCUGCAGGCUGGAAGCGAUUCAUUUUGGGAGCCUGGAAAUUAUAAAAGAACAACAAAACGAAUAGAAGAUGGUUACAGAUUAUGUAAUGAUUUACAGGCUUUAAUACAAGAAAGAGCUGAAAUUGAAAAAGGAUAUGCAAAAAGUUUACGUGCAUGGUCAAAAAAAUGGGCUGAUUUAAUAGAAAAAGGUCCAGAAUAUGGUACAACAGAAGCGGCAUGGCGAGGUACACUAACAGAAGCUGAACGUUUAUCAGAAGUUCAUUUAAAAAUAAAAGAUAGUUUGUGUAAUGAUGUAACACAAAUGAUACGUAAUUGGCAAAAAGAAAAUUAUCAUAAAACAAUGAUGCAUCUAAAAGAACGUAAAGAAAUGGAAGAUGCAUUUAAAAAAGCUCAAAAACAAUGGGCUAAAUUAUUAGCAAAAGUUGAAAAAGCAAAAGCUGAUUAUCAUGCUGCAUGUAAGACUGAAAAAACGGCAACAAAUCAAGAAAGAAAUGCAACAGCCGAUAGCUCAUUAUCACCAGAUCAAGUUAAAAAAAUGCAAGAACGUGUACAGAAAACAAAAGAUGAAGUACAAAAAUGUCGAGAGAAAUAUGAGCAAGCUUUAGCCGAAAUAAAUAAAUAUAAUCCAGUUUAUAUGGAAGAUAUGUCAAAUGUAUUUAAAAAAUGUCAAGAUAUGGAACAGACACGUUUGAUAUUCUUUAAAGAAGUUUUAUUUGCGAUACAUAAAGGUUUAGAUAUUACAAAAGAUACAAGUCUACCACAAAUAUACGAAGAAUUUUAUCAUACAAUCAAUAAUUCAGAUCAUGAAAAAGAUUUGAAAUGGUGGUCAAAUAAUCAUGGUGAUAAUAUGGCAAUGAAUUGGCCAACAUUUGUGGAAUACACGGAGGAAUUCCGAGACAUCGCUAAAGGCAAUAAAUCAAAGGAAGCCCUACCAGCAGCUCCAAUAACGCUUAUUAAUCAGCGGCCUGUUGCCGAAGAUUUGCAUGAAUAUCCUCCGCCAUCAAAUAAAAAUAGUGUUAAUCGUAAUUCAGUUAAAGAAAAUAAUGCUGUUAAUAAUAGGAAUUCGACAAAAACAACAAAUGUAGUAUCUACAGCACAUCAUAAUAAUUCAAAUAAUUCAACUCCAAAUAAUCAUGACUCACCGUCACCAAAGUCAGAUAGUGGUAAAGGAGCUAAUUCACCAAACCAUCGUAAUUCAACAGUAACAAAUGGUUCUACAAGUAAGUCAAAUGAAAAUCCAUUUGAAGAAGAGGAAUGGGAUGGAGAUGAAGCUGACGGAGAUAAUGUUUUGGUUGAUAAUGGAGAACCUGGUGUGCCAGUUAAAGCUUUAUAUGAUUAUGAAGGAGCAGAAGCUGAUGAAUUAACAUUUAAACAAGGCGAUGUAUUCGAAAAAUUGGAAGAUGAAGAUGAACAGGGUUGGUGUAAAGGAAGAAAAAAUGGAAAAGUAGGUUUAUAUCCAGCAAAUUAUGUGGAAGCAAUAGCAACGUAAAAAUUAAAAUAUUUAUAUAAAAAUAAAAAUCAAAAUAGAAAUACUAUGUAUAUUAUACAAUAUAUACAUAUAUAUGUUUAUCAUUACCAUGAAAUAUUUCAAAAAUAAAAAAAAAAAUUAAAUUAAUAAUAUGUAAUAGAAAAAAAAAAUAAAAUAAAUGAAAUUUAUUUUGUAUUUAAUACUGUUUUUAUUUUAAAAUUUCAAAGAAAAUAAAAAAUAACAAAAAAAAAAAUUAAAAUAUAUUUAUAUAAUUUCUGUUUUGUUAAUUAAUUUACACCCUUCUUUAAUGUAUUAUACAAUAAACAAUUAUAUUUAGUAUACAACAAAAAAUAUAAAACAAAACUGAUUAAAAAAAAAAAAUGA